UUUGUUUUGCACUCCUCGAUGCGUUUCAGACUUCCUCCUCUCUGUGUUUUGAUAAACAAACCACAUUUUUCCUCCAUCGGCGCCACACUCGCUCACCUUGUCAGCUUGCCAGCAUUGUCGGAUUGCAGCUCCUGUUUUUAGUGAAGACUGGAGAGGAACUUUGAAGACUGGUUCGGAUUCAAAACAGAAACGCGGGUAAAAGAGGACGAGAGGCUGCCUGUUGUCUUUAUUGUCCGAGUCGUUGGCGCGUGGUCGACCUGCUGGACGUAGCUUACCUGUCUACCUGUCGAAAACCCACCGGCUUGGGCUGUCAGUCACAUUAGUCAACUGUUCAGGCUGUGAAAAGCCCCGAUAUUAUCAAACAUGGUGAAGUUGACGAAAGCCAAGACGUUCCAGGCUUACCUGGACUCAUGCCACCGUCGCUACAGCUGUGUGCACUGCCGCGCCCAUCUGGCCAAUCAUGACGAUCUUAUCUCCAAGUCUUUUCAGGGGAGUCAGGGCCGGGCCUACCUCUUCAACUCUGUGGUGAACGUUGGCUGCGGUCCUGCAGAGGAGAGGCUGCUACUUACAGGACUUCAUGCAGUGGCUGACAUUUACUGUGAAAACUGUCACACUACACUUGGCUGGAAAUAUGAGCAAGCCUUUGAACUAAGUCAGAAGUACAAGGAGGGAAAGUACAUCAUUGAGCUGUCCCACAUGAUAAAGGACAACGGUUGGGAUUGAGAGGGAAAGCUUCAUCUUUCUUCAUGACUUUUUCCAAGUUACAUCCCUUCGUCUUAAAAGGGUUCCAGUGUAGCUUCCUCAUCCCACGUUCGAGCCAUUGCUGUGCCACACUUUCACUUCGUGCAGCUUUGCCAAGAAUAGCAUGUGAUGCCUUAUCUUUUUCUGUUCUUCAUGAUUCUCCAGCAACCACAACACAUUUGCUGAUAUUGAUAUCCCAUUUGCUAGUUGUGCUGGGACAUGGAGUGAAUGAGUGUAGGGUUUGUGUGUGAUAACUGGGAGAUGUAGUCACACAGGCAUGUGUGCAUGUUUGAUUUUAAAGCAUGUGUUUUAGUGACAAACCUCUUUAUCAGCAGCUACUAGAUAGUCUUGCUCUGUAUGGUUUGAGGCCAGUGAAAUUCAGAAAGUGUGAAUUUCUUGCAUAUUCAUUGCAGGUUUUUGGGUUUUCCUCUCGAGUGUAAUUAUCUGGCCCCAAGUGAGUACAGAUCAUUUGCUAGUGAUGCAGUUGUAUGGGAAAACUUAGAGAAGUGGUAGAACGUGUUUUAUUAUCUAUCAAUUGGAUUUUUUUUUUUUCUUAAGAUAUGAUAAAUAACGCUCCUUCAUGUUUUGCCAAAGGGGAUUUAAUUAGUAACAUUAAAUCCCACAAGAGUCUCUAGCAGUAAAUCUAAAUUGUGGUGCCGAAGUGUCUUCUGCUUUUCGCUAUAAAUUUUAAUUUGGGUGCGAGUGUUUGUGUGUAGGCAGUGUGUUAUGAGGCAUCCGGAGCUUGGUUCACAUCUUCCAUUUCCACUGCACAGUUGGGAUAUCUACUUUUACUUAAUGCUGAUGAGAUCUGUCCUGUAUGUGUUUGUGUAGCACUGAGCUGCCCUUACAGAUACAUUUACUCUGUCCUGUUAGAGCAAAUUGUGCGUAGGAUAAUGUAGCAUAUUUAUGGUGAUUUUUUUUUUUUCUUUUUCUUUUUUUUGUAAUGUCUGCUUCUUUCAUUAAAGUGUAUUAUUUUAACCUGAUCUUUCAUUAAAAUACUGUGUGCAUAA